ACGCACGCGCAGACAGAGCAAAGCCGCGGCGGCGACAAUCGUGUUGGAUCGUGGCGAGCCUGGAAGUCGGUGCCCCGCCGCUCGCUCGCCCGCACGCGCGCUCAGCCUCGCUCUUCCUCUCGGAUCUAACUGCCGACGGACGGACAGGAGGAGAAUCAUGGCGACGUUGGGACCGGAGUCGGCUCGUCUUCCUCUCGCCCAGCUCGCCGCUCCUCCGUCGAUUCAGACCCACAUCUGCGGCGCUAACCCGCCUCCCAACCGCGGCUUGGAGCGGGCUCUGGAGGAGGCGGCGGCCAGCGGGGUCCUCAACCUCAGCUGCCGGAAAAUGAAGGAGUUCCCCCGCACGGCUGUUAACCACGACCUGAGCGAUACCGUGGAUGCAGACCUUUCAAAGAACCGACUGGCUGACGUUCCCUCAGAGGUCUGCCACCUGGUUGCCUUAGAGACACUAAAUUUAUAUCACAACUGCAUCCGGACCAUCCCAGACAGCAUCAUCAGCCUGCAGUCGCUCAGGUCGUUGAACCUCAGUCGGAAUCAGCUGAGCUCCCUGCCGGCCUGUCUGUGCGGUUUACCCCUGAGAGUCCUCAAUGCCAGCAACAACAAGCUGGUGAGCCUGCCGGAGACCAUCGGGCAGCUGCAGAGCCUCAUGGAGCUGGACAUCAGCUGCAACGAGAUCACAGCUCUUCCUCGACACAUCGGCAGACUCAAAGCUCUGCGAGAGCUGAACGUCCGCAGGAAUCUCCUCUGCGUCCUGCCAGAAGACCUGGCCGACCUUCCGCUGGUAAAGUUUGAUUUCUCCUGCAAUAAAGUGUCCACCAUCCCAGUGUGCUACAGAAACAUGAGGCAUCUCCAGUCACUCCAGCUAGAGAACAACCCACUGCAGAGUCCACCUGCACAGAUCUGCAUAAAAGGCAAAGUUCACAUCUUCAAAUACCUGAGCAUCGAAGCGUGUCGCAGUGAGAAGAUGCCCGAUUCUCUAUACCUGCCCGUCAUGGAGCGACUCAACCUAUCGCGGCCCGGUACUGGCAGUGUGGAGGACAUGGAGCAGCAGAAGAAGCAGGACUGUGACUCGGGAGUCGGGAGUGACAACGGAGACAAGAGGCUGUCUGCUACUGAGCCCUCAGAUGAAGACAGUCUGAGUCUCAACGUGCCCAUGAGCAACAUCACGGAGGAGGAUGGAAUCAGCAAAGACGACUCCAGCGAACACAUCAGCUCUCUGUCAGCGGAUCCAAACUCUGACUCGGUGCGUCUGAUUGAGGAGAGCCCUACGGAAGCCUUGAAGGAUCAGUUCAGCUACAGAGACUCUGCUCUCAGUGAGCGUUUCCUCAGCUACAUCAAGGGUCGGGCAGUGUCGGACUUGGAAGAGCCCCUCCAGAUAGAAGAAGAUUCACACUGGCAAACAGAUCCCACGUCCAAGCAUCCAGAGGGCUCAGGGCUCCACAUCACCAUGAUCAACCAGCUGAAGGAGGCCGUGCAGCUCCUGCAGGACCCCAGCAGGGUGAACACAGAUGAGGUGUCAGGAGUGCAGCUCUACCCCGUGGAGAUGGUCACAGUGGAAGAGUCCCUAAAUGGGCAGGACAGCGAUGACGGCGCCGUCACGCCAAAGCAGCACGUGGAGAAAGGUGGCUAUGAGUUCCAGAGGAAGAGGCAGAUGAUUCUAGAGAAAGCCGGGCUUUGGCGAGAUGACGGCUCUCCGGUCAGCGGACCUCCCUCCUUCUCCAGCCCCCCGUUUGGACUGAAGCCCCGCUCAGCUCCGCCGUCACUUCCGUGCUCACCUCCCCCUUCCUUUCUAGACCCCUCCCUUCUCCCGCAGGCCUCGCCCCUCCGUAGAGAUACACACCGUAGCCAUGACGACGGGGACAUUCCUAACCGCGUGUUCCUGCGAAGCCACAAGAGUCUGGAGUCCGUGGAUCCUCAGUUCACCAUGAGGAGGAAGAUGGAGCAGCUGAGGGAGGAGCUGGAGCUCCUGGAGCAGCUGAGAGAAAACAUCGAGAGCAGGCUGAAGGUGGUCCUCCCCGAGGACCUCGGCACGUCUCUGAUGGACGGUGUGGUGCUCUGCCACCUUGCCAACCACAUCCGACCGCGCUCUGUCGCCAGCAUCCACGUUCCCUCCCCGGCGGUGCCCAAACUCAGCAUGGCCAAGUGUCGAAGAAAUGUGGAGAACUUCCUGGACGCUUGCAGGAAAAUCGGCGUACCAGCGUCAUCGCUCUGUUCGCCUUAUGACAUCAUCCAGUGCCGUCUGCAGCCCGUCUGCGCAACAGUCGGGGCGCUGGUUGCCUUGGACACCCCCUCUUCUUUGGACUUGAAACGAGCCUCGACUCCAAGCCCCGCCCCCUCUCGAGCGCCAGCCCCUCCGUCAAUGGUUUCGGUCACUACUCAGACUCCGCCCCCUGCUUGGCAGAUCUGGGAUGUGAUUGGCUCCAGUCUGGUUCACGUUCUCUGCCUUGUUCUGCUCUUCAUGGCCUAUAGCUGGAUGGAACUGACGUUACCAUGACAACAGCCCCGCCCUCCUGCUGCCCAGGCUCCUCCUUCUUUAUUUUGAAUGUGACAUGGAGCAGCAGAGCGUUUGCCUCUUCUUCUGCGCUCUGGCUCUUGUUCCUUUUUUCUUCCCGUAACGCUGAAAUGCAAAAGUCAGCAUGAGCGAGUGACUCCGCCCCCCGCCUUCCGUUCCCGCUUGACUUUGCAAUGAGCUGACAUGAGGAGCGACGGCCCAGCAGUGACGCCUUCUGAGCCCGCCGUCCCACGGCGAUAAUCACAUUUGAGGAACACUGAGACUUUUUCAUUCCUUUCUUUGUCGUUUUUGCUGAAGGGUUGACUAUUGAUGUGGGCGGAGCCAUUCAUGUAUUUGGUCAUGGGAUGCUAACAUGAUGCUACGCCUAGAAAGAUUUCCUUAUUUACACAGAAAAUCGACAUGGUCAACAUUUCAUUUUACUGUUAGUGGGUCGUAGUAUGAAGAAAAAGAACAGAUUCAUUUCAAUAGCAGAGCAAAUCCAGCUGUUGUAUUAGAAAAUGUCCUGUUUAGUUUUCUGGAGCUUCAAGGAAAAAUAAGCAAAAUGAUGGAAAACAGAAAAGCCAAAUGACGACAUUUCACAGCAAUCCAAAAAUAGGGAUUUGUACAUCACUGAAUCAUAAAAAUACAGUAUAUAUAUUCAACAAUGCCAAUAAAAAAAACAGUUGAAUUCCAAAUGUUUAAGACAAAAAUUGACAUUUGUUGAGCAGUUGAAGCCAUAGCUGCUCUUUAAUGCUGCAGUCACGCCAAAUGCGAUUCGCGCGGCAGAGACGACAAGUCUCAAUGUUAAGUCAAGGGUACAGACAUCGGCAAUCUGAAGUUCCGCGGCGUGGCUUGAAUUGGGCGGCACAACCAGAGUUCAAAUAUCAGAAUUUUGGCAGGUUGCUGUGACAGGGCUCAUCCUGGACACUCUGGACUGAUCAACAGUCUCCCGGGAGCCAGUGUAGCUCGCUUGAUACGCCACCAGAGGUGUAGUGGUGUGCGGGGGCUGCCUGCUCUGGCCUCCUGAACUUUGUGAUAUUUUUAUUAUUUUCAUUGAGGCAAUAAUAGAAAGCCCCCCUUAUUUUAUUUUUGUUUAAAUUGUUCCUGUCUCAGGUUAAUUCUAGGGCUGGAUAUCAAUAAUAACGUCCAGAAACGAUUCCAUUCACCAGAGCCUGGAUCCAUUCAAUUCAGAUUUUUUUAAAUUCUUUUGAUUCUCUAAAUUUUGAGUU